GUCAUUUGGUAAGUGUCAACUCACAGAGAAGAAAAUGGCUGUGGAUAUUAACUCGUGGAAUUGUAGACUUCAAACUCUGAUACAGAAAGAGCAGCCCCAGGCGAGGUGGACCCUGGAAUGGGGCGAGAACAUCCAGCCAGACUGCUUGCACCCAGGCUGGAAACAGUACCAACAGAGAGCAUUUGGCAGGUUCAAGUGUUCCUCAUGCCGACGAAGUUGGGCUUCUGCUCAAGUGAAUGUCCUAUGUCAUAUGUAUCUGAAAUGCCGGAACUCCCAGGGCCUUGUGCUUAUGCGGUGUUUUGGUCAGAAGUGCCAGAAUUGUUCUUGUUCUCUAUUUGAGAAGCCUCAUUUCUCUCCAGAAUCCACCGGGAGGAUUCUACACAACCUGGCCCAUCGUAUUCUGGAAAAAUUUUAUGGAGAUGGCAGCAGAAAUGUCUCAGAGAUGCCAGUGAAUGUGGAGGUGCAUUUGGACGGUUCCCAUGACAUGGACAAUUGUGAAGCAUGCAGUCUGGGCUUCUGUGUACAGCGCUUAGAAGAAGACAUCAGUACAGAGUCAGCUUACAGCCAAUUCUCCUACAUGGAGAUGGGGAGUAACACCACUGAGGGGCUACGGGCAAGCUAUGCUACUUCUGGUUCUUGGGUGCCCAAUGAAGGACAUCGGAAUAACUGGGAGACAGGCCAACAGCACCCACCAGGGGCACAUCAACAGGGCUCAUGCACAACUAGCCAACAAUCUGUCUUAGUAGCAAGAUAUCUUCCCUCUCAGUUAGCAAACUCCCCAGUAACUCAGACUCAUCAGGAAUGGCAAGAGACAUAUUCAUCUAGAAUGUCUGCCCCAGACAAUGCUCUCAGAUAUUCAUCUAGUAAUUCUCCUACACAGUAUGGAUUGUCCCUGUGGGGCUGCAUCUGUGCUGUUGCUCUAUUUACGUUUCUUGCUGUAAAAUAUGCUAAUUAGCAAAAUAAUCAAAGUAGGCUUGUUUUAUCUUCCCUCAACUCCACAGCCUAGAGUCUGGGGGUUGGAGUGAUAGUACAUGAGGUAGGGUGUUUGCCUUGCAUGCGGUUCACCCAGGUUCGAUUCCCAGCAUCCCAUAUGGUCCCCUGAGCACUGCCAGGAGUAAUUCCUGAGUGCAGAGCCAGGAGUAACCCCUGUGCAUCGCCGGGUAUGACCCAAAAGGAAAAGAAAAAAAAAAGAGUCUGGCACCCAAGGCUCCUAUUUUAAUAUGAUAAAGAAUUUGCUUUAAGAUCAAACAAGGAGAAUUUAAGUACUAGUUUUCUAGACCUCUUUUGCAGAUAGUCUAAAACAUCACCUACUAGAUAAUGAACUCAGUAAAAUAAUUUGUUUAAUCACUAAAAGGACUUCAUUCACUUACUUAUUUGUUUCAUAUAUAUAAACUCUUUAUAAAAAUGACUACAAUUGUAAAAUAAACUAUUUUUGUCAUUGA